AUGCCUACCCGCACACCUCCAGCUCCUCCCGAGCACCAUUCCCCCCCUAUUACUCCAUCCGAAUCUAACCCGUGUGCUAUUUGUACUGACCCAGUUGAUGAGUCUUUGCAGGGUACUGACUUUCAUGCAGGUCCUUCUUCGCCGCACCCGGCCACAGGUAUGCCUCCUGUUGAAUCUGCCACCGAUCCUCUGAUUCCUGAUCCCACUCCCGCUCAUGCAUUCCCGUUGGGUUCUCACCCUAUGCUCACGCGAGCUAAGGCUGGUAUUUUUAAAACUCGUCAUCCGGCAAAUCUUAGUAUUUUGGGUUCCUCUGGUCUUCUCUCUGCCCUGCUUGUAUCUACUGAGCCUAAAGGAUUCCUCUCUGCUUCUAAAAAUCCUGCUUGGCUUGCAGCCAUGGAUGACGAAGUUACCCAGCCUGAUUUCGGUCCUGUUUCCUAUUACCCAAAUGCAGAGGACGUCGCCUCUGCAUUUGAACAGCUCCGGCGCUGA